CUGCGGACCGGAUCGCAUCGGAGUGGACCGGAUCGAACCGGACCGGACCGGCCGGAAGAUGAGUCAGCAGGGCGCCGCCCUGCAGGGCUACAACAACGAGCUGGUCAAGUGCAUCGAGGAGCUGUGCGUCAAGCGGGAGGAGCUGAGCCGGCAGAUCCAGAAGGAGGAGGAGGAGAAGCGGAGGCUGCAGGGCGAGGUCCGGCUGCUGACCGAUAAGCUGGCGCGGGUCAACGAGAGCCUGGCCACCAAGAUGGCCUCCCGCAACGAGUUCGACCGGACCAUCGCCGAGACCGAGGCCGCUUACCUCAAGAUCCUGGAGAGUUCACAGACCCUGCUGCACGUCCUGAAGAGAGAAGCGGGAAACCUGACCAAAGGCACCGACACCAAGCCCAGCUGAACCCCGGGGCCGGCGGGGCGGGGAGGGCCCCGUUCCCCGGACCCGUUGGCUUAAUAAAGUGUGUUCGGCACCGCGGCUCUUCCCUUCUGUGGCCCCCUCGGGCAGGCCGGGGACCCCCGCCCCCGGAGACCCCCUCGCGGGGGGCGGCGGGGGGCCCCGGCUCCGGCCCCGGACCGGGGAAGGGACAACAGAGCGACACUCCCCCCCGGCCCGGGGUCCCCGACCUCAUCCCGCUUCCCCCAUCCUCCCCCAGGCACUGGUUUUCCGGGUCCCCCCCCGGACCCCCCCCUCCGCCUUUCGGGGUGGCCGGGAGUCGGGAGCCGCAACUUCCCGGCUCGCGGCCCUCGUCCCGGACCCGAAACCCUACCUGCCCGUUUUUACGUUGGAAUAAAAACCUGUGAAAAAGU